CUUAUAAGUAUAUUAACAAAAGUAAAAAACUAACAAAAUUAUGGCCUAAUAAUCUGGUCUAUAGCAAUGAAGAAAAAACUGAAAAAUUAAAUUUUCCUAGCAAAAAGUUUAAGCUUAAUAGCUCCGAAAUAAAUAAAUUAAAACAAUUUUAUUUUACUGAAUUAAAUAUUCCAAAAUCAAGAAUAAAG